ACACUACACUGUCAUUUUCUAUAUAGGUAUCAGCUAAUCAUGAUCAAGGAAUAUAUGAUUCUUUGGUAAACAACUUCCUUUAUUUUUGAGACCUCCAUGAAGGACCGGAUCGUACUAUUCAAUAAUUAAUACAUUCGUUAUUAUCUUUUAUUACAAAUCAACGCUUUUCUAGAAUAUACCAACACCUAGUGCCUUUUACCAAUUACCCUUUGGAUCUGGUCAACCUAUACUUGAUUGGCAGCAGUUCACCUGGUUCCUGACAUAUACUUAUAUCUGGAUACGUUGCUGAGCCAGAUUUCACGCGGAAAAUGCGGCUGGGCUUACGACAGGGAUCACAUUACCAUCGUGAAACAACCACACACAUAUUUAUACAUUUAAUGCAUUAGAAUACAGACAUAGAUGCACGUGCUGCAGUCUGCUUGAGCAUUCUGCAUCUUGGAAUAUAGUAAUACAAUUAAUAACAAGCUAAUGAUCUCGUGCCGUUACGUAUACGUAUAAGAAAAUAAGUGAUGUACAUAUGUCACGUGGGCACUUACAGAACGAAGGAAAAAAAUUGCAAAAUCCCCGAAGGUCGACGUGUGAACUUUACAAGUGGAAUAAAACAGUCAUACGGGUUGCUACAUUGAUUGAUUCUUUAUAAUUGGUACAAGCUACUGUAUGGCAGAUUUGAUUUGCAUAAAUGUGAGACAGUAUUUAAGUUAUGCUUAUUGUUAAGUCACUCUACUUCUUACGUUUGAGUUAAUUUUCUUAUUAGCAAUUUCUUACUCGUGUGAUAAAGGAAAUUCUAUGCAAGGAGAUCUGAGAGGAGUCACAGCAUCCCAUUUGAGUUGGAAGAUGAUUAAAAAGUGAGAGUAAAUCUGGAAUCCAAUGGCGAAUAAAUUAUUUGUCAAUAAAAGAGACUGAAGAGAGGAACGUGGGAGAGAGAGAGAGAGAGGGAAAGGAACUUGAAUUAAUCCAGCAGUGGGAUAUCUGGAAAAGUUUAAUGAAAAUGUAUGUAUGUAUAUAUAUAUAUAUAUAUAUAUGCUAGACUGGACCACGUACGUUCUCCAGAUCUUAGCUGGAGUGCAACUUGCACCUGAACCAAUCGGGACCAAGUAGCACGAGGUAAUCUACAGCGGCCGAAUGUAAUACCCUACUGCAAUAAUUCAACCCGUGUACUUUAGCUUGGUGCAAUCAUUAUCCCAUGGAGUUUUUAUCUUUUGGUUCUCUUUCUCUUUCUCUCUAGGGAGUCUCCUUUUAUUCGACUUUCAUUGAUUUCUUUUAUUUAACACUGCAGAGUUCAGGCCCCUCUAUCGACUUCAACAACUUCAAUACAUUCUGAGUUCAACUUCGUCUCGGGAUAGACAGCAUGUCAGCUCUACUGGUGCGUGCGUGCCUCGCGGCGGCGCUCGCGAGAACUAUUCUUGGCGCGUUACCUCCUUAUAUCAAGCCGUGCAAGAGGACAGAUCCAGAUAUAGAUAUAUGCGUUGCUAAUUCCAUUGAAUCGUUAAGAGGAAAACUUGCUGAAGGAAUCCCUGAACUUGGCGCGCCGCCAAUUGAACCUUUGUACCUUGACCAGGUCAGAUUACUCAGAGGGCCGUCAGGAGCUAGACUGGAUGUUAAUCUCACAGACAUCAAGGUAGCUGGACCUUCGACCUUUAAGGUACGUGAUCUGAAGGUCAACGUUGACGACAUUUUGUUCACAUUCAAAGUGAGCUUUGACAGACUUAGCUUUCGUGGAAAGUAUCAAAUAGACGCCAGAGUCCUUCUUCUCAGACUUUCUGGAAACGGCGAUCUAACAGGGAACUUCACUGGUUACGACUCGGAUGUUAUCUUGACAGCAAAAAAGGUUUAUAGGAAUAAUGGAGAGUACCUGGAUUUUGAACGUAUGAAGUUGGCUAUUAAAAUUGGCACAGCCAGUGUCUAUCUGAAUAAUUUAUUUGGUGGUGAUCCAAUUCUUGGUGCUGCCAGCAAUCAGGUACUGAAUGCAAACAGUGCAUUAUUCGUUGAGGAACUGAGACCAGUCCUCGAAUCCUCAUUGGCUGAUCUCUUCACUGACGUCGCUAACAAGAUCACAAGAUCAUUUACGUAUGACGAAUUAUUCCCAGUUUUGAUGAAUACAUUUUUUUUUGAGCAACUCCUCAGUACAAUGACAGCCAUGAAGCUUGUGCCAGUCCUGGUCCUGUUCCUGGUCAGUAGAUCGAGAUCAACAUCGGAUAUCCCAAGCUUUCUUAAAAUAUGUCAUCGCAAUGAUCCCAACCUGAACGAGUGCAUAAAGCACAGCGUGGAGUCCUUGAAGCCACAUCUCAAGGUUGGCAUUCCAUCCCUUCAUAUUCCACCAUGUGAACCCUUGCACGUACCUCAAGUCGAGAUCAAACAAGCAGCAGGUCCGGUUUCCAUCAGUUCAACUUACACCAACAUCAGAGUACGUGGCGCCACAGAUUUCGUGCUGAAAAGCGUCAAGAUCGACCUGGACAAGGAUCGUGUAAGAUUAAAGUUAUACGUCCCGCGUCUGGAGAUGACGUCAAAUUACACAAUGGAGGGAAAGAUAUUAAUGUUACCAAUAACCGGUAAGGGCCUCGCUUAUGGUAAUUACACAGACAUAGACGCCGUCGUGACGACCCAGAACGAGCAUUACCAGGAUCGGAAGACUGGGAAGACACACUCCAGGGUGACCGAUUUCUACGUGGACUUUGACGUUGGUCAUGCCAGCGUCCAGUUGGAGAAUUUAUUCAACGGCGACGAGACGCUCGCCGACGCCAUGAAUCUCUUCUUGAACGACAACUGGAAGACUGUGGCAGCUGAGAUAAAACCAGCUCUGGAGGAUACGGUUGCUGAACUCUUCAAGAACUUCUCGAACAAGAUUUACUCCAAGUAUCCACUAGAAACAUUAUUACCGGAAUAAGUAAAAGAAACAUGUAA